AAUGUCAUUUUGUAUGAUACUCAGCAAUCAGAGCCAAUUGCUUUGAUUACCAACAUCCACUACACACGAUUAACAGAUUUAAGCUGGUCAAGCGAUGGUCAAGUAUUAAUUGCAUCCUCAACUGACGGAUAUUGUUCCAUCAUAACCUUUUCAGAGGAGGAACUUGGUGAAAUAUACGAACUAAGUAGUACAAAUGUGGAAAGUGAAAACGAAUGUCCAAACCUAGACAAGAGACCAUCUGAUUCAAUCCAAGUUUCUUCUCAAGGCCAGCAAGGUUUACUUACAGCAAACACUGCUUGUGAUUCAGUUAAAGAGAAGGAAAAUACUCAGGACACCAACAAAACAGAGUUGAAAACCAUUGUCACGCCUACAACAGUUCACAUUCACUCAGAGAAUGAAGACAAGAACUCUGCAACACGUUCAGUAGCCACUCACAUUAAAGAUAAGAAAUCUCCAAGAAGAAUUGCUCUCAUAACUCUGUCUAGCCCAAGAAAACGUGUCACAAAUACCCCUAUUUCAGAUCCUAAAAAGCCCAUUUGCCAGACAGUACAAUCUAGAGCUGCAACUACAACUCAUAAUGAAGCAGUGAAUAAUGGAAAUCCUCUGAAAAGUGUUACUGAUGUUACAUGUUCCAGAGAAGUAAGUUCAUCCGAGGCCACGGUGGAGAAACCUACUGGGGAAGAUGGAACUGAACCAAUGCAGACGGAUGAGACUUCAACACUUGAUCCCGGCAGCAAAGAAAAUCAGGCAGUAGAGGAAAUCGUAUCUCAAGAAAUUAUUGAAGAGCCCAUGGAAGCAGUGACUACUUGUGACAAAGUUGGAUCUCCGAUCCUCUCCUAA